GCCAAACUACCUGCAAUAUUUGCUAGCUGAAAUCUGUCAGGAGUACCUCAAACGUCCACCACAAGCGCCAUUGCCGUUAGUUCUCGGCCACCAGCACGUCUAUACCGUUGUUUGCAUCUGUUUGUAGUGCACGACUCGAGGCAACAUGGCGCUGCUGACAAGCCAAGCUGCCUUAUCUAGCAGCGUGUGUCUUUCAUUAUUGACAGUGGUGAGCACUCUCGGAAUGGGCAACAGAAAGGUGGACAACUUGGAUAUUGCCUUCUUGGUGGACAACUCUAGUGAAGUAAUUAGCCAGACAUGCAAUGUGCAGCCGAUCACCAACAAUAGCCAAGUUAGGAUGCUCGUUACCAAUCACUUCAACUCCUUUCUUCACAACACGAGCUACAAACUGCGUAAUCUCAGCUUGGCGUACUCCUACAAUCACUGGAGUGCGGCCACUACAACUCACUUUCUCCUUGAGACUCUGCAUCAUGUCGUUCUAUUCUGGGGGUCGGAUUUGAACGCUAGAACAAGCGGAGUUGUCGCCAACAUGCAUUCGGCUCCCGUCGUUUCACUGCUGCCGGUGCACAGUUGGUUCAGAGAGGGUGCCAAGUUACCCAACGUUGUCGUUCCACGUACAGGGCAGUCGCUCAAGGGCAUUGCAGCAAGUGAUAUGAUAAGACCAACGAGUACCCACCGGAUCGAAGUUUCUAUCAUCUUUAAGGAAGAGACAGCUAGUCCAGAGCUAGAGCAGCUAUUAUUGGCAGUCAAGAGCGAUCCAAGAGUUUACGUUGACGAAUUCGUACUGUCAGCCCAGACAUUACAAUCGUCUGAUUCUAUUUCAAAUGAUUUAAACCUCUACACUGACAGUAUGAUUGUAGACAGCGAUCUUGAUCUGUUCCAUUUUGUAAUGCUUACUUCGAUACAAUUCAACUACAUAAAAGAUAAGACUGUUGUCAUAUUUCUUCACGAGUUUAAUGAAAUUCGGACGUGGGAAAGCCUCCGUAAUUUGUCUGCUCGAACAGAAUACGUGUUUGCCUUCCGACAGAGAACACCUUCUUCAUACUCCAAUACGUCAUCGUUUGAAAACGGGCUAGUACUCGACGCUCUGCAGGCAAUAGCCGAAGCUGUUGUCUCUUCCGGUUACGAUCCCAAUGCCAGAUGGAUAGAGAAUCUCGUCUAUUCUUCUAUUCAAUUUGUACACCAAAAGAAUUUGAGUCAGCUCGUUGACGCUAUGAAACAACAAUGUGUUUACGGAUAUUCUGGAAACUUUGGGUUUUCAUCAGGUGGAGCACUAGACAAAUCAUGUUUGAAUAAACGCUUGGUUGAAUUUGAUAUCAUGAAAAUAAAUACAACAAACUGGAACAAUAGUGGACCGUGUCAAUACAACUGGUAUAAGUAUGGAGAAUGGACUGGAACAAGAGGCCUUGAUAUUCCAGAUAAGCUAUGGGAAUUUUCACAAAAUCGCCAACAAACAAUAAAAGAGAUAAAUGUUCUAGUAGUUCCAUUUGGACCUUUCACUUAUCUAAAACCGAAUGGUAAGUGGGCAGGCGUCGACAUAGACCUCCUCGAAACACUGGUAAAGUAUGCUGGCUUAGACAUGUCACAAAUAAAAUAUACAAAAUGGAAUGGAAGCAGAAAAGAAGCAGUUCAAGAACUUUAUAGAAACGAUCGUUACCAUCUCGCUGUUGGUGCCAUCAUACCUCAUGCUUCGACUAAGGGCAUCAUAUACACUCGAUCAUAUUACGAUCUUCGCUUGGGAACGGUCAUUCUCAAACGUCAGCAAAACACUAAUUUGAUGUGGAGGUUCAUGGAACCGUUCCACUGGAGUGUGUGGCUAGCAACAGUUGCAGUUAUUAUAUUGGGCGGGAUCACAUCCAAGUGGCUCGAUCUUGCUCAGACUUACGGAAAUGGUAUAUGGGUCGUCGUAUGCACAAUAUUCUUUGUUCAGGAAAAUCAAAUCGUUCGGAUGCGCAACCCGUUUGGUAGAAUUUUCAUCAUAUCUCUGUCGAUUUUCGUCCUCAUUUUCAUAUCUUACUACACCGCUAAUCUCGUAUCAUUUCUUUCUCCAAGCGACCGAUCUCAGACUGUCUUCGACCCUAAAGUAUCAAACGUCAUGACGCUUGAUAGAGAAAGUUAUCACUGGCUGCAGUCGCAGAGAUUUUCCAACGUAAGCUAUGUGUCAACUGUGGAAGAUGGACUGAGAAAUCUAAGACAAGGCGAGGUUGAUGCGUUAAUUGCUGACAUUCCACUUCUUCGUCAGAUCGUUUUGCAAGCAGGACCUACGUGUGAUCUAUCAUUUUACAAUUAUAAAUUUCCUAAACAUCAAUAUGCUUUUGCCGUCAGAAAUGGUGCACCGUUGGAUACCGACAGUAUCAAUGGCGUCAUUGCUAACGUCGUACAGCUCAAUUUCACUGAAAACUCGUAUUACCGUCACCUCGCACAGAACAAAACUGGUCUUUGUUGGGAAGAACUAGCUGCUGAGACAUCGGACAAUAGUGACAGUAUGUCGUCUUCAGAAUCGGAAAUAUCUCUGGGAGCCGAAAGCUUUGCUGGUGUUGCUCUGGUGGUACUCUGUGCAGCUGGUAUAAGUUUAGCAAUGAAGGGAAUGAUAAUUUUACGACAAUACAAUAAGAACAGUAAAAUAGCUGUUACCACAACUAGAGACUAACAUUCUAAUGACUGUUAAAAUAAAGACAUAUUACUGUUCAACAUCGAGU